AACAAAUAAAAACUAUUCCAUUCAAACUCCAACACAACCUAAGAUAUAAUUUUCCCAAGUUGAGUAACAAUGCUCGACUCCACCUCAUUGCUUGCGUUUAUUCUAGGUUUUCUCAUCCUUACAUUCACAGUGAAGCGUAAGGAAUCGAAGAAAACCGUGUUGGUGACUUCAUACACAAGAAACCUCCCUAUCCCUCCCGGACCAAAACCCUGGCCUAUAAUUGGAAACCUACCGGAAAUACUAUGGAGGAACAAACCGGUGUUUCGUUGGAUACAUUCCCUCAUGGGAGAACUCAACACUGAUAUUGCAUGUAUCCGUCUCGCCAAUACUCACGUGAUUCCCGUGACAUCCCCGCGGAUUGCACGGGAGAUUCUGAAGAAGCAAGACUCCAUUUUCGCCACCAGACCGCUAACUAUGGGCACGGAGUACAGCAGCCGCGGGUACUUAACCAUUGCCGUAGAGCCACAAGGCGAACAGUGGAAGAAGAUGAGGAGAGUGGUGGCAUCUCACGUGACGUGUCAGAAGAGCUUCAGAUGGACGCUCGAGCAGAGAACCGAAGAGGCCGAUAACCUCGUACGGUACAUCAAUAAACUUUGUAAGGGUUCUGAGGGUAUUGAUGUUAGGCAUGUGGUGCGGCAAUACAGCGGUAAUGUAGCUCGGAAGAUGUUGUUUGGUGUAAGGCAUUUUGGCAAAGGAAGUGAAGAUGGAUCUGGACCGGGGUUCGAGGAGAUUGAACAUGUUGAUUCUUUGUUUAAGGUUGUAACACAUCUUUACGCCUUUGCAUUGUCGGAUUAUGUCCCGUGGCUAAGGUUCUUGGAC